AUGAAGAGUUUUAUUAUUUUAGUACUUUUGUACGUUGCGAGUGCAAAUGAAGAUGACUUUCGUGCCAUUGACUCCAUAGAACAGGAAGAGCCCUGUUCAUCCAUGGGAGGUAUGUGUACCAUCGCCGCUGACUGCCCGGGGGGUCAUUUGGCGGACAAACCAGAUCUUUGCCCCAAACAACGGAAACAGGGUGUUGAAUGUUGUUAUGGCUUAUCAUUAAAGGAGACACGCUGUGAUAAACAUGGCGGCAUAUGCAUAGACCAGAAUGCCUUCUGCAAUCCUCAACUUGUGUUCAACGCAUCGAACUGCCCAAAGGACACCAAAUGUUGUACCUUAGUUUAUUAG